AAGUAUAGCGCCGGGUGGUAGCACGUGGUUGGGGUGUGUGAAGUGGUGGCACGGUAUGCAGUUGGUGGACACGAAGGAAAUGCUCCGUUGCCUGGGGUAGUGAAGUGGAACUUGUACGCAUUCGGAAACAUCGAUGCGACAUCAUCGGGCAUGUAAUAUAUCUGCAAACCUUGGGUUUGAGUCCGAGGCUUGGGUGGUGGCGUGGAGAAGUUAGUUAUAAGCAACGCGAAUGACAUGAACAUCACAGCAUCGAGCUCAACACCAGCACUCCAGCCAAAGUAACAUCAACCUUUACAAUGAAGCUCUCUACAUCGCUCGUUCUCGCUGCAGCAGCUACUUCAACAUCCGCACACACCAUCUUCCUCAGUGUCAAUGGCGGCGCAGUAGGAGACGGUGUCCGCGUCCCCACAUACGACGGUCCCAUAAACGACGUUUCCUCGAACGACAUAGUCUGCAACGGCGGCCCAAACCCCACCGCGAAAACCUCCACCGUCAUCACCCUACAAGCCGGCAGCACCGCGAAACUAACAUGGCGCCACACCCUGACCUCCGGUCCUAGCGACGUCAUCGAUUCAAGCCACAAGGGACCCGUCAUGGCCUACAUGAAGAAAGUCAGCGACGCAAAGACCGAUUCCGGUAUCGGCGGAGGCUGGUUCAAGAUCAGCGAGGACGCCUUUGACGGCUCGAAAUGGGGCGUUGACCGGUUGAUUGCGAACCAGGGCGUGCAGACGGUUACGAUUCCCAAGUGCAUUGCUCCGGGACAGUAUCUGCUGAGGGGUGAACUGAUUGCGCUGCAUUCGGCCAGUUCGAGCAUGGGCGCGCAGUUUUAUAUGGAGUGUGCGCAGAUUAAUGUUACGGGUGGGGAGGCGAGUAAGACGCCGGCGACGGUUUCUUUUCCGGGGGCGUAUAAGCAGAAUGAUGCGGGGAUCUUGUACAAUUUGUACACGGGUAGUAAGACGUACACGAGUCCUGGACCGGCUGUUUUCAAGUGCUAGAUGAUGUGGUAGUGGAAGGAUAUUGGAUUGU